UUUGCUUGUGGCUGGUGCCGACAUAUUCUCCACAAACAACGACGGACUUCUGCCUGUGGAUCUGACUCGUGACAAGCGCAUCUACGAUCUUCUCACCAGUCGGAUGGGACAUAACUUGUCUCCAACAUCGUUACGUAGGGGAGAACGUGGUCCAGAAGAACUGUUCAGCCCAAACAGAUCCGAAAGAGCUCACGACGAGGAGAGCCUCAGUGGAAGUGACGGGCUGGAGAGUCCCUCGCGUAUUAGCCAUCUAGUGCCGAAUUCGUUCAUAAGACCUCAACAAGAGAAAACUGAGGAGGCAAACAGAAACCAACACGAACCCGCUGAAGCCGAACAAAAGAGAGAAAAGAAAUCCGUCAAGUUUAUACCUCCAACGGAUGAAGAACUCUCGUUGAUUCGGAAAGACUGGCACGAUGCUGCUCGAGCCGGGUGUGUUGGCUGUGGAAACGAAGGAUGUGAAGGGAAGUGUCUGCCACCAGAGAAUUCUCCACGGGAAGAGAAAGGAAAGCAUCUCCAAAUACGCGGAUCAUUUCGAUGGACCAGGGGUGAACUGCUUGGUGAAGGUGCUUACGGAAAGGUCUUUGCCGGGCUCAACCAAACGACCGGCGAGCUCAUGGCAGUCAAGCAGCUGAAGAUUGAACCCACCGACGGACAAUCAAGAGCCGUUUAUCUAGCUUCUCUGGAAAGAGAGAUCGACUUGUACAAGCAGCUGAGGCACAGACAUAUCGUGGGAUACAUCGCCAUGGAACAGGACGAAGCCAACAAUCUCCUCUACAUUUUCCUCGAAUACGUGUCAGGCGGUUCCAUCCAAAGCAUGUUGGAAAGAUUCGGCCGUUUCAGCGAGUCCUUGGUUAGAAUAUAUACGCGCCAGCUUCUACUGGGCCUGGAGUACCUCCAUGCCAACAAAAUCGUCCAUCGAGAUAUCAAAGGUGGCAACGUUCUCGUGGAUGCAGAUGGUGUUGUGAAGCUAGCGGAUUUUGGAGCCUCCAAGGCUUUCCACGAUCCAACGAUCACAGACGGCUGCAAGUCAAUACGGGGCUCCGUGUUUUGGAUGGCCCCGGAGGUUAUCAAGGGCGACGGCUAUGGGCGGCGUGCUGAUAUCUGGAGUGUUGGCUGCACAGUCAUAGAAAUGCUUACAGCCACACAUCCGUGGCCCGGAAUCGACAACACCUGGACGGCAAUCUUCCACAUUGCGAAAGCCAGCAGCGGGCCUCCAGUGCCAGCGGACGCAUCAGAAUGUGCCAAAGAUUUCUUGCAGCAGUGCUUUAACUUAGAAGCGAGAUCGCGACCGACUGCAAGCCAGCUUUUACUACACCCCUUCGUGGCACAAGACUGACAAGAACACGGCGAUCGUGUUUUCGCUAAAGAAACUCUGCGAAACAGUUUGCAGUGAUCAAAGUAAAUACAUCGUUUCCAACUACAUACAUGGUUCUCUCUGAGAAUCUUACUCUUUCUUCUCCAGGCGAGCAUUGCAACCGAGCGAGCUUGCACAUAUCAUCCAAGAUCCGCGACCAGCUCCUCGCCUACUUCAUGUACUUGUUCAAGAACUUGCGAUGGAAAUCACUCCUGAUCGUAUCGUUGAU